CUCCGUUACCCGGUCUGCGGUAAAGACUCCUCCCGGUGCCGGUCCACAGCAGCCAUGGAUCCCAAGCAGGAGACCCAGGACGUGUUCGCCGGUUUCUGCUCCAGGUUCAAGUCCUUCGCCACCGAGGCCAUCCAUGUGGGCCAGGAGCCGGAGCAGUGGACGUCGAUGGCCGUGGUGCCGCCGAUCUCUCUCUCCACCACCUUCAAGCAGCAGGCACCGGGGAACCACGCCGGGUUUGAGUACAGCCGGAGUGGAAAUCCUACAAGGAACUGUCUUGAGAAGGCCGUGGCAGCUCUGGAUGGAGCAAAGUACUGCCUUGCUCUCGCCUCGGGGCUUGCCGCCACAGUGACCAUCACUCACAUGCUCAGAUCAGGUGACGGGAUCGUUUGCAUGGAUGACGUGUACGGAGGAACAAACCGCUACUUCCAAAGAAUCGCUAACGAAUUUGGCCUGGAGGUGUCGUUUGCUGAUUGUACAAAACCAGAGCUUGUGAAGGCGGCACUGAAGCCCAAUACAAAACUGGUGUGGAUCGAGACGCCCACCAACCCCACCAUGAAGGUCGUCGACAUCAGGGCCUGCUCCGACUUGAUCCACGAGCACAACAAAGACAUUGUGGUGGUUGUGGACAACACCUUCAUGUCCGCCUACUUCCAGCGUCCUUUGGCUUUGGGAGCUGAUAUCUGUAUGUAUUCAGCCACCAAAUACAUGAACGGUCACAGUGAUGUGGUGAUGGGUCUGGUUUCAACCAACCGGGAUGAUUUGAAUGAGCGACUGAGGUUCCUGCAAAACGCACUGGGUGGGGUACCAUCUCCAUUUGACUGCUUCCUGGUCAACCGCGGACUCAAGACGCUACACCUUCGGAUGGAGCGGCACUUCAAGAAUGCCAUGGGCGCUGCCAAAUUUCUCGAGGCUGAUCCCAGGGUGGAGCGUGUCAUCUUUCCAGGCCUGCCCUCUCACCCACAGCACGAGGUGAUGAAGAAACAAUGCACCGGGUGUCCAGGCAUGAUCACCUUCUACAUCAAGGGGACCCUCAAGCAUGCCAGCGCCUUCCUCAGUAACCUCAAGAUAUUUGCGAUAGCCGAGAGUCUCGGUGGUUACGAGAGUUUAGCUGAACAUCCGGCGAUUAUGACCCACGCAUCAGUGCCGGAGAAAGAGAGGUGUUUGCUGGGGAUCAGCGACACACUGAUCAGACUCUCUGUGGGCCUGGAGGAUGAGGCCGACAUCAUUGAAGACCUGAAGCAGGCGCUGGCUGCUGCUCAUCCAAUGAAGAAUUGAUAUUUCUUCUGAAGACUGGAGGUACCUGAAGUCUUUAAACACCGCAGAUCAACUCAUGGCGCCUCAUGAUCAGCCCACAAGCAGCAUCUAUCAGGGAAAAACCUGCUCCUCUUAAAUAAUACAAAUCCUACUAUCGCUUAGUAAUUAAUACAAUGUUUUUAAUAAUUAUUUUAACUCAAGUUGAAAUCUUAUUUAUCUCAUGCUGGGUUUGCUUGUUUUUAUGUUUCUAUGUGUUUUCUGUUUUCAUUUGGAACUUUUUAAAAUUCUUAUUCAUUCAGACUGACAUGAUAUUCAAGUUUUUGGGUCAAAGACAAAUAAAGCUUCCGUAAAGGUAUUUUUAAAAA